CAUCGAGAAUGGCUUCCUGAGCGUGGCGACCUCUUCCUGGAUUUUCUCUUCCAGGCGAACUACUACGCCGAAUUUAUUCAUGAAGAGGACCUGUACCGACCGAUACGAGUUAUCGUCGAACGUUAACCUUUUGGUAAAAUGUUAACUUCAGAUGCUGCGCGAGGAUUACUUGCUUAUUACCGGGUUCAUCUACAAGAUCAGAACCCACGGAUUGGUACGUCCCUUCGCUUUGAAAAGCAAAUAGGAAAAUGGAGCCGCAUCCCCCGUAGAAACAACUGGAAAUGAACACCCAUGGACUGUGAACAACUCUUAGUUGUCACCAUGCGUCUGAACUCCACGUUCAUUCGAGAACUCAGCUAGUGGGGAGAAGCUGCGCCCCAAUUGGCGGAAGUUCAUCGCGAAGGGCGGCUAUGAACCGUGAAGUUCCGGAUUUGAACUUUGAGCUUCGCCCAUUUACGAGCCGAGAUUCUACGGGGGCGCACGCGUCGUGCCAGCCGAUAGGGCUUAUCAUUUGCCGCGGCGACAUGAUCGCUCGCGGUGUACGUCGUGCACGGAUUUCAAACCUUAAACGUCGCCGCGACGCGAGGAGAACUCGACGCCUCGCGAGAUGAGCUUUCGCCGGUCGCGCCGUGACUCGGACGUCGUCCUCUCGAAUUCCAGCCACAAGGACCUGCUCUUCAAGUUCCUGAUCAUCGGCGAUUACGGAGUCGGGAAAACAGCAAUUGUUAGGAGAUACACCGAGGGGAAAUUCUCCUCGAACUACAAGAUUACCAUAGGAGCCGAUUUCGCGGUAAAAACGCUCGAUUGGGACCCCCACACGAAAAUAAACAUACAGCUAUGGGACAUUGCUGGGCACGAGAGGUUCGGGUACAUGACCAGGGUUUACUAUAAAUAUGCAGUCGCUGCCGCCUUGGUGUUCGAUAUCUCGAGAGCGGCGACAUUCCAAUCGGUGAAGAAAUGGCUGAGCGAUCUUCGGGAGAAAGUCACGCUACCCGAUGGCUCGAACAUACCGGUCGUCCUUUUGGCAAAUAAAGGCGACAUCCAGCAGGUCGCCAUUACGACCGAGCCGAUCAUCAAGUUCUGCAAGGAGAACGAAAUCGGCUCGUGGUACAUCACAUCGGCAAAGGAGAACCAUAACAUCGACAACGCGAUGCUGUACUUAGUGGAGAACGUGCUGAAGGCGAAGAUACAGGACGAAAUACGGGACUCCAUAAAGCUGAGAGAUGCACCCCUGGCCAAGGAGAAGACCGGAUGCUGCAAGUCCUGAGGGACUCCGAGGCAGUUUCCCGCUAUAUCCUGCCCGACUGAUUUAUGCAAACGGUGCAAACGUAAACGCCACGUAUCGGGGCAUUCUCGAUAAUGACUCCCGAUAGUGCAUUGUACAUUGUAUCGCGUUCCUAACCGCGCGAGACGGCUCGAUAAUUGUCCAAAGAUGUCCACUCGCCAAGCGAGGAUCGCAACCCAUACGCAAUGGCUAAGUAACGAGUCCGUUCGUUGCGGGUAAAUAACAUAGUGAAUUUCAUAGUGAAUUUAAUUUAACACGGUAACUUGGAAACGGCCAAUCUGGCCGUAGGACGUAAGUGCAUGUAUACGUACAUUCGAGCGAUAAGGGGAGUCUUAACAGAAGACGCAGACUCCAAAGGAGUCUUUCUUCUUCUCUUUUCUUUCAUAUAUUUCGUAGAGACGUUUACAUGUACGCGGGACUUCGAUAAAUUUACACGUAUCUACAUGGCGUAUGAUAACUCUCGGUGUAAGAUAUUAAAAACGUCGUAGGUUUAACUCUUAUUUACACGCUUGCGCUCCUAUCUUUGGUCGCCGACUGAUAAUGGACGCUUUGCGACGGAUCUUUCGUCGAGGGCGUCGCAAAGCGUCCGCCUCGAAAGCGGGACGCAAGAAGAUGACCUCAAACUUGGCCUCUUGUCGCCGAUCGCGCUUUCGGGAAGGAAAUCGAACCGCGGCGUCGAAGAGGGUCGCAGACUCGAGACGAUCGCCUGAUUUCCUCCGGAACAAUAAAUAAAUAAUCCUAUAAGCUAGGGAUUCCGUCUAGGUAUAUGGAGACACUUGUACCCGCGGGAUUUUCUCGCCUCUCUGUCGAUGAUUUUAUGUAUAUAUACUUUCACUCUCUUCGCUCGUUUUCACAAAACGUCCUCGAACUCGGAACUUCUCACGGGGUUCAUGGCGAUCGACACCGUGGACACCAUAGUCUUGCUGUAGUCCUUCGACAAGUCUGGAAGAGGCAGAAGAUAUGGGAUUAAACAUUUCCCUGGCGGCGUUAAGCAUUCUUUUUUAAGUAAAAAUUGGUUAGGAAUGGGAACACGGCUACGGGGGGAACGUUAAAAAUAUGUACAUGUAGUUCUUCGACGUACUCAUACAAAAUGGCGGCUCCGUAAUUAUUCAGAUUAUGCCCUCGAACUUUUGAUCCGCUAAGGACUCGUCGCCUAGUAUCUUCCUGACCCCGUAAAAUCUUUUACCCGCGAUAAAAGGACGAGAGUAGUCUCCUCGAAAGUCUUGACGUAAAAUUUCAAACCUGGAAAUUACGAGGUCUGGAGUACUCGAAUCUAAGAUCGCUGGAAAAUGGCGAUCCCAAAGAGGUGCCCUCUUCCCCUCGAAAUCGAUCAUGUAAUAUCCAGAGAUGAAGUCAAUAAAUAAACCUCGGAAUUAAA